AUGGGCGUGCCAGGGCUAUGGCGGGAACUAGCUCCUACAGGCAUCGAUACCACACUAGAACAGCUAGCAUGGGCCCAUUGGGAGCGUACGGAUCAGCAGCGGUACCGAAUCGGGAUCGAUGCAUCGCAAUGGCUGUUCCAUGCACGUAAAGCGCGAGGCGGUGCACAGCCAGCCUUGCGUAUGCUGUUUUUCCGCGCUUUGAAGCUAUUGCAUAUACCCGUAUGGCCUGUGUUUGUAUUUGAUGGGCCUUCCCGACCGGCCUGGAAGCGUGAUGCGGAUGUAUGGCUCGGUCCGUUUCCGCUCGAGGCUCAAUGGCAAUCGUUUCUCGAUGCGUUGGGGUUCGCGUACUGGCGUGCACCUGGCGAAGCCGAGGCCGAGUUGGCGUGGAUGAAUUCGCGUGGCGAUAUUGAUGUGGUAUGGACGGAUGAUGUGGAUGCGCUGCUAUUUGGGGCGCAGCGCGUACUGCGUCCUCCUUCAAAGACGAACAACACAGACUCAGAGCCGGAACGACAGCGCGAAGCGCAGGAAGAUCGCGGCCCUUUAUCCCGUGCAAAGCACGCCAGCAAGAUAGUAGACGAUACGUGGACACUGUAUGACAUGGCCACUUCCGCAUGGCCGAUCAAGGCCGCGGGACUGAUUUUGGUGGCCUUGCUGGCAGGGGGUGACUACCAUCCGCAGGGGCUUCCUAGCUGCGGUGUGAAAACCGCCUUGGGUUUGGCUCGAACGGGACUAGGGCAGGUAUUGGCCGAGGCGUAUGAUGCGUACCAGUAUACGACUAGGGACGAAGCGGCCUGGGCGUCGUCCAUGGCGACGUGGCGUGAAGCGAUUCAGGCGGAAUUGAUAUCGAAUGCUAGCGGCUAUUUGACCAAGAAACAGCCAAAGUUGGCACGCCUCGUUUCCGUGGAUCUGUUCGGCACGCAACGUGCACGCGAUGUCCUGCGUGACUAUAUGCACCCACGCACGUCCAAGACCGAUCCGACUGCGCAGGCGCGAUGGGAAAAGGUGCGUAGAGCCCCACGAUCUGUGGAUUUGGCGUCGGUUGGGCAGCUCGUGCAAACGCAUUUCGAGUGGCCACCAACAGUUGCGCUGCAGAAGUUGGAACGGUUGCUGUUGCCAGGUAUGUGUAUGCAGCGUUUGCUGCAGAUCAGCCCAGGUCCAUCCACCCCACCUCGACCUACGAGUCCUGCACGGGAGCCCAUGACCCCCGUCUCCCGUAUGACGCAUUCCCUCGCUCGUCUACAAGCACAUUCGCCCACACGGCCUGCGCCAUGGGUGGCCUUGCAUACGAAGCGAAUGAUGCAAGGCCGCAUACACAUUCGAAUGUCGUUAAAUACCGAGGCUUUCUACGAAGAUAUCUGUGCCUCGCUCACAGUCGCAAAGCCAGCCGCAUGUUCGGUACGGUUAUGGGUUCCAAUGAGGCUUGCUAUGGCGCAGCCGGGAGGAGCCCAGCGUAUCCAGGCCUUCCUAACGUCCGCUAAGCCCAAAAAGGCGAACAGUGUCCCGACUGAUCAAACGCGUUUGACGUCCUAUUUUGUGUGCACGAAACGCACCAUGACGUCGAGCCCAUCGCCUUCGCCGCCGCCUUCGCCUACACGCAAGCCAGCCAAGUCUCGGGAAGCGAGCGAGUUACGACUUCCUACGCGCGGCCUGCCACCGCCGUCCGUCGACGAUACGUCUGUGGAACUUGUCCGUGUCGUGCCUGCGACAGAGGUGAUUGUGAUCAGUGAUUCAUCUAGUGAUACCCUAUAG